AUGAAUGAAAUGUUGCUAUUGACGCCAACAGAGGAUGAAAUACAACAAGCGUUGUUCCAAAUGCAGCCUACAAAGGCCCAAGGUCCAAAUGGUAUGCCUCCUUUAUUUUUCCAACGAUAUUGGGAUCUUGUAAAGAAUGAUGUUAUUCAAUUGGUACUUUUACGUAUGGAUAAAAGUUGGCUGCACUGUGAUAGAACUGGAGAAGCAUACAGAAAAGGAGUUAGACAAUUCCUUGAUUUUGCAUUUGCUAAUGCAGCUCAAGGAGGACAAAUUUUGUGCCCUUGUGUAAACUGCAAUAAUUGUGUGUGGAAAAAUCGAAAUGAUGUAUAUAAAGAUAUGAUCGUCAAAGGUAUUGAUCCGACAUACGAUGAUUGGCGUUACCAUGGAGAGUGUUUCUCAUCUUCUGAUGCUGAAUUUACUAAAUCAGGGGAGGACAUGCCAUAUUUGGGUGACGAUAUUGAAAGAAUGUUGUACGAUACACAUCCGUAUAUUUUAGAACAUCUUGAGGGUGGUGAUCACAUAGACAAUGAUAACGUUCCUGAAGAGAUUCAUGAUACUGAUAUGGAGAGGUUACAACAAUUGUUAGAGGAUUGCAAACAGGAACUAUAUCCAGGAGCGCCAUUGAGCAAACUUAAUUUUAUUGUGAGAAUGUUUCUAGCAAAGUGUCUUCAUGGAGUGACCAAUGCGGGUUUUACAGCAUUCUUAGAGAUUUUGAAUUUAUCAUUCCCAGAGGUGAAGACAAUUCCAAAAAAUUUUAAUGAAACUCGAAGUAUUAUGCGAGGAUUAGGACUUGGGUAUAACAAAAUUGAUGUCUGCAAAAAUGAUUGUAUGUUGUUCUGGAAGGAAAAUGUGGAUGCAGAAUUUUGUCAUACUUGUGGUGCUUCUAGAUGGGUGACAAAUGAUGACAUUAAUUCCGAGAAUGGUAUUUACAGAAACAAAAGUUCUACAAUAUCUGAACAAGGUACAUCCCCUAUUGGGAAAAAAAUUCCUCAUAAAGUAUUGCGCCAUUUUCCCUUGCAAACAAGGAUCCAACGUCUGUUUAUGUGUUCAAAAACAGCUACGUCUAUGAGAUGGCAUGAAGGUCGCACAAAAGAUGGUAAGUUAAGACAUCCAGCAGAUUCAGAAUCUUGGAGUGCUUUAGAUUCUUUUGAUCCUAAUUUUGCAUCUGACUCUCGCAACGUAAGGCUUGGGUUGGCUAGUGAUGGCUUUAACCCAUUCAGAACAAUGAGUAUAUCAUAUAGCAUGUGGCCGGUUGUUUUGAUUCCAUAUAACUUACCUCCUUGGAUGUGCAUGAAGCCACCAAAUUUUAUAAUGUCCCUUCUAAUUCCUGGAAAAGAGUCUCCAGGAAACAAUAUUGAUGUAUAUUUGCAACCAUUGAUAGACGAGUUGAAAGAGUUAUGGGAUGUUGGCAUAAAGACAUAUGAUGCCUCAAAAUGUGCCUACUUUCAAAUGCGUGCUGCUUUAUUAUGGACAAUUAAUGAUUUUCCUGCUUAUGCAAUGUUAUCUGGAUGGAGCACAAAAGGAAGGUUAGCGUGUCCUGUCUGUUGCUAUAGCACUAAAUCAAUUUAUCUGAAAAAUAGCAGAAAAUUUUGCUAUCCAGGACAUCGUAGGUUUGUACAUUCAGAACACGAAUGGCGCUUUGAUACAAGAUCUUUCUAUGAUGGGAAAGAACUAGAUCCUCCACCAGCUUUGUUAUCUGGAUCAGAUAUUUUACAGCAUUUGGUUGGCAUGGAAAAUAAGUUUGGGAAGACAAAAAAUGUGUGCGACAAUGUGCUCGGAACACUUUUAGAUAUGCAAGGAAAAUCAAAAGAUCACUUAAAGGGUCGCCGUGAUUUAGAAGAAAUCGGUGUUAGACAUGAACUUCAUCCCACGGAGAGUGAAUCCAAUAAGAUAUAUUUGCCUCCGGCAAGUUUUUCUAUGGGGGUAAAGGAGAAGAAUAACUUCUGUAAAGUGUUAAAGGGAGUGAGAAUUCCAGAUGGGUAUGCUUCGAAUAUUUCUCGAUGUGUUCAGCUUAUGGGACAUAAGAUAUUUGGAUUAAAGAGUCAUGAUUGCCAUUUUAUUUUGCAUUAUUUGAUCCAAAUUGCUGUGCGUAGAGCUUUACCUCGCAAUGUUGCUGAACCUUUGAUCAAACUAGGAGACUUUUUCAGAUGUCUAUGUGCAAAGGUUAUAGAUUUGGACGAGCUUGACAAAUUAGAAUCUGAAAUUGCAGAAACACUAUGUCGAUUGGAAAUUAUUUUUCCUCCUUCUUUCUUUGAUAUCAUGAUGCACUUGCCUAUUCAUCUAGCUCAUGAAGUUAGGGUCGGUGGACCUGUUCAAUUUCGAUGGAUGUAUCCUAUUGAAAGGUACCUAGGAGUUCUAAAAUCUUAUGUUCGUAAUAGAAGUCGACCUGAAGGCUCUAUAGCUGAGGGCUAUAUAGCCGAAGAGUGUUUAACAUUUUGCUCUAGGUAUCUGAAUGAAGAGGCUGAUACACGAUUCAAUAGACCUUCAAGAAACUUUGACAAUGUCAACAAUGAAAUACAAGGUUCAUCUGCGGUCACAAGACUUGGUCGACCACUGGGGAAUGGUGAAAUGUUUACAUUAACCGAAACCACCUGGAUUCAAGCACAUCGAUAUGUUUUGUUUAAUAAUGAUACGAUCAAUCCAUAUCGCGAAGAACAUCGAGAGAUUAUGGAGAGUCAAAGACAUCGUAACAGAUCAAGAGAAUGGGAUACUGCAUUUGGGCAUAGUAAAGAAUUUCAUGAGUGGUUUGAAGUACGAGUGCGAGAGGAACAAGUUUCGGAAGAGAUAAAAUGGUUAUCUCGUGGGCCUAAUUAUGCUGGCAGAAGAUUCAAAGGUUAUAUCAUAAAUGGAUUUAGGUUCCGCACUCUCGAUCGUGACAUGGGAAAGAAAACUCAAAAUUGUGGCGUUUGUGUUACUGCAUCAACUCCAAGUUUUGCAAGCAAUAAAGAUCAAAAUCCAAUUGUUGCAGACAUUACUUACUAUGGAGUAGUGAAGGAAAUUAUCGAGAUUGAUUAUUAUGGGUAUCAAAGUUUCGUGUUGUUUGAAUGUGACUGGUUCUAUUGGAAGAAUGAUGAGUUUAAUCUUCCAAUGAUUAAUUCCAAGAAAUUGAUUUAUAAAAGUGAUCCUUUUGUGAUAGCAACCCAAGUGCAUCAAGUAUUUUAUGUUCAAGACCCGGUUCAACCAGAUUGGUAUAGCGUAAUCAAAGUAUUACCAAGAGAUAACUAUGACUUGCAUGAUGAGUCACAUACAUGUGAUACAGAUACAGAUUGGCUAGGCGAGUCAAGCCGAUCAAUUUUGGAUGACACAAUGAUAGCCGGUGAAGAAAAUGCUUGA